AUGGAUGACCUCGAGAGUCUGGAAUACCUCUCUCUUGUGGCCAAGAUCACUUCUGAACUACAAAAUCAUGUUGGUUUGGGCGACAAGGCUCUUGCUGAAUUCGUGAUCGCGCAACAUGGCGGCAAAGAUCUGGUGUCCUUCAAGAAGGCUCUGGCCGAGAUGGAGGCAGACUUUCCCGAGUCUUUGAUUGAAUCCGUUGAUCGACUCGUGCUGACUAUGCAUCCAAAGUAUAAGAAGAGCCUCAAUCUAGACAAAUCGCGAAACCGUGAUAUUGAAAAGAUGGACGAUAUUGGUCGCAAGGCAAAGGUCUUCAAGGGCUUGGCUGUUGCUGACAAGACACAGACCUGGGAAGAGAGUGAUGGCUCGGCUGACGAUACUUUUGCGAUAUUGGAAGGGCUGGCACCAGACAAGUCUAACGGAACAGCGCAUGGCAGCAGAAAACGCAGUCGAAGUCCCGACGAUUACCACCACCCACGAAAGCGGAGAUCUAGGAGUCCCGGCCACCCACCUCGCUCGAGAAGGAGGAGAUAUAGCGAUGAGAGUGAUCGUGACGAAUAUCAAGAGCAACUGCAACGUGAGAAAAAUAGCAAUGGUCGUCGACACAGGCACAGGCAUGACAACGAUGAAGACAAAUACUUGGACAGGAGAAAGCCGCGGCAAGAAAUAGACGACCAUCCAGUACUCUAUAAGGUCUACGAUGGGUGGGUUACAGGUAUCAAAGACUUUGGCGCAUUUGUGAAUCUGAAAGGUGUAGAGGGCAAGGUGGAUGGACUAGUACACGUUUCAGCCAUGCAAGAGGGAGCCCGUGUAAACCAUCCUUCUGAUCUACUUUCCAGAGGGCAAGAGGUCAAGGUCAAGGUCGUCAAGAUCGAGGGAAACAGAAUAGGCUUGUCGAUGAAAGAGGUUGACCAAGUCACAGGUAGAGACCUCGUGCCGUCACGCAGAAUUGCCUCGGGAGCCAAUAUGGAGCGACUCAAUGGUGCAGGCGAUUUCAACAAUGAGGAAGUGCCUGUAAUUGAAGACAUCUAUGGAGGCAGAUCCAAGAACAGGAAGCGAAUGACUUCACCCGAACGCUGGGAGAUCAAGCAACUAAUCGCCGCUGGUGCUCUGAAAGCUUCGGACUACCCUGACAUCGACAAAGACUACGAUGAUGGGUUGAAUGGUGACGGUGGUCAAGAACUUGAAGAGGAUGUGGAUAUCGAGGUUCGUGAAGAGGAACCUCCCUUCUUAGCUGGACAGACUAAACAGUCACUUGAACUGUCUCCUAUACGCGUCGUCAAGGCACCAGAAGGCUCACUGAACAGAGCUGCUCAGGCAGGCACCUCUUUAGCUAAGGAAAGACGAGAUCUGAAAGACCAAGAAGCCAAAGACCGUGCUGCCGAAGAAGCCUCGAAAGUAAAUCUGAACGAGCAAUGGCAGGAUCCUAUGAUUGCUCCAGAAGAUCGAAAAUUCGCUGCAGACUUCAAACAGAAGCAGCAAGAACAAUCCAAGGCAACGCUUGUGGUCCCUGAGUGGAAGCGAGUGACACAAGGUCCGAAUCAGGCACUAGGGAGGAGGACGAAUAUGACCAUAAAAGAACAGCGAGAAAGCCUUCCUGUAUACAAAUUCAGGAAGCAACUUCUGGAAGCAGUGGAGCAGAACCAGCUAUUGAUUGUGGUCGGUGAUACUGGCUCUGGGAAGACUACGCAACUCACUCAGUAUCUGGCUGAAGGGGGUUAUGCAGCAAGAGGCAUCAUCGGCUGCACACAGCCUCGUCGUGUUGCUGCAAUGUCAGUCGCAAAACGUGUUUCAGAAGAGGUUGGCUGUGAGCUUGGCCGUGAAGUGGGCUAUACAAUCCGGUUCGAGGAUCGAACUUCAGCCGAUACGCGAAUAAAGUAUAUGACGGAUGGCAUGCUUCAACGCGAAAUUCUGGUUGAUCCUGACCUCAAGAGCUAUUCUGUUAUCAUGCUGGACGAAGCACACGAAAGAACGAUCGCUACUGAUGUGCUAUUUGGACUCCUGAAGAAGACUGUCAAGAGAAGACCUGAUCUCCGCAUCAUUGUUACAUCUGCCACCCUUGACGCUGACAAGUUCUCUGACUUCUUUAAUCAAUGCCCCAUAUUUUCGAUUCCAGGUCGGACAUUUCCUGUCGAAAUUAUGUACUCCCGUGAACCAGAAGAAGACUAUCUUGAUGCCGCUCUGACGACAGUCAUGCAAAUCCACCUGACUGAGCCUGCUGGCGAUAUCUUGGUGUUUUUGACGGGUCAAGAAGAGAUCGAUACAAGUUGCGAAAUCCUAUAUGAGCGUAUGAAGGCUCUAGGUCCCGCAGUUCCAGAACUAGUCAUUCUGCCAGUGUAUUCAGCAUUACCAAGUGAGAUGCAGAGCAGAAUCUUCGAUCCAGCCCCGCCUGGUGGUCGAAAGGUUGUCAUCGCUACCAAUAUCGCUGAGACAUCUAUCACGAUUGACCAGAUCUACUAUGUCAUUGAUCCUGGAUUUGUGAAGCAGAAUGCAUACGAUCCCAAAUUAGGCAUGGAUUCGUUAGUCGUCACACCAAUCUCACAGGCACAAGCAAAACAAAGAGCGGGUCGUGCGGGCCGUACAGGACCGGGAAAGUGCUUUAGGCUAUACACUGAAGCUGCAUAUCAAUCCGAAAUGCUGCCAACUACGGUACCGGAGAUCCAGAGACAGAACCUGGCGCAAACAAUCCUUAUGCUCAAAGCUAUGGGCAUCAAUGACCUGCUUCAUUUCGACUUCAUGGACCCACCUCCAACGAACACCAUGUUGACAGCUCUAGAGGAACUGUAUGCAUUAGCAGCGUUGGAUGACGAAGGCCUCCUCACACGAUUGGGUAGAAAGAUGGCAGAUCUCCCAGUCGAGCCUUCUUUGGCCAAGACUCUGCUCACCUCGAUCGAGUUAGGGUGUUCUGAGGAGAUUUUGACAGUAGUCGCCAUGCUAUCAAUUCAAAACGUGUUCUAUCGCCCCAAGGAGAAGCAGCAACAGGCCGACCAGAAGAAAGCUAAGUUUCAUGAUCCACAUGGUGAUCACUUGACACUCUUGAAUGUUUAUUCAGGGUGGAAGAACUCGCGGUUCAGUGACCCUUGGUGCUUCGAGAACUUUAUUCAGAAGCGGUCAAUGACUCGAGCUCGUGAUAUUCGAAAGCAGUUGGUGGACAUCAUGGGACGAUAUCGUCACCAGAUCGUGUCUUGUGGACGCAACACAGAAAAGGUGAGGAGAGCUCUUUGCACUGGCUUCUUCCGCAACAGCGCCAGGAAGGAUCCACAAGAAGGCUACAAGACGAUGGUGGAAGGGACGCCCGUGUACAUGCAUCCAGCGUCAAGUCUAUUUGGCAAGCCUGCGGAACAUGUUAUAUAUCACACCCUUGUGCUUACCACGAAGGAAUAUAUGCAUUGUGCCACGGUCAUCGAGCCCAAAUGGCUUGUGGAAGCUGCACCAACAUUCUUCAGAGUAGCGCCCACGGAUAAGCUCAGCAAGCGGAAGAAGGCAGAACGCAUACAGCCACUGCAUAACAAGUUUGCUGGCGAAGACGAUUGGAGGUUGUCUGCUCAGAAGAGACAGUCAAGAGGUGGUGGAGGAGGUACUUGGGGUUGA